GAUGGCUGCGCCUCUCCAAGCCGGAUCAGAGCGCUCCAUCUGCAUUCUGUGCCACGAUCCCUCGUGCACAAAGCCCUUCGCUGCCGCGUCGCCGCCGAUCUACCGUGAUAUGGACUCAGGCGAUAAAGAAUCGUACCAGAACGUUGUCGAGGCAACGAGCCAGCCCGUGCCCGUGCCGGCCGCGAGCUCUGACCAGUUCGGCGAUGGACUGGCAAAAGCAGACUCGCACAUCGAGCUUCCACGCUCGCCCUUCGGGGACAAGACCAACUUGCCCCGUUUCGCUGCAUCGCAGCCCCGCCCCGCGCUUAUCGCGGACCAGGAGAACGAAAGCCCCCACGCGUCUUCCUCGCGGCGUUCGUCGCGCCACCUUCAAGGCCGCAAAUCGCAUCGGAGGCACCGCUCGACGGUGUCCGCUUUCACGCAACUGUAGUCGCGCAGCGGCGCUCGAGAUGGGCUAUGGCGCCCGAAGAAAUUUCAGAAUGAUGGAACGGAAUGGAUCGGACAUGGUUUCGGAUUUGGGAUCGGAUUGGAUAUGGAUUCUGGAUCGUUUUAUGCCUCUCGCCUCGUCACGGUCAUCGAGUAUCCCGGCUUCUGGACAGCUUCACGCCUCAUAUACCCCAGCAUCGUAUACCCCCCACACCAAAGCAACAUAAAAAAGUAGUGUAGGCCUUACAUAAAAGCGACAUAAGACAAGGUAGUGUAGCCAAUACCAAACAUCGUAUAGCAUCC